AAAGACACCAUUUUAUCAUCUAACAUUUUAGAGUUUGUCAGAUAGUCAGCUUCAUUAUUUGCAAAAUGAGAACUGGGAUGAUACAGUCAUGUUUUUUGUUAAUUUUGUUAUUUUCAAUGUCCGAACAAUGUGGAUGUCCAGCACAGUAUACACAGCAAGUCGUGUGUGACUCCAAAUUGGUCGUUGUGGCAAAAGUUGAAGCGUUCGCAUCAGAUAACUUGCAGACCAACUAUCAAAUAUCUGUGACAAAAUUUUAUUAUGGUAAGAUGGAAUAUGAUAAGUUGUCUGAUAAAAAGACCCUAGAGACACCAAAAUCAAGUGCAGAAUGUGGUCCUGUAGUUCUCAGUGUAGGAUCCAGUUAUAUUUUAUCAGUUUCCCUGUACAAUGGGAAAAUGAGCCAUAACUUGUGUGGACUCCAGGUUAAAGCCAAAAGUGCAAGUCAGGUCUUGUUAAAAGGGUUGGCGGGAAAAUAUAAAGAUAACUGCGAUUGUGAGAUUCCAUAUGAGUUUGAUCCUCCACAAACAGGCCCACAAACCAAAAACCAAUGUAGACUUGCACCUCGAGGGUGCAGCUAUCAAAGUGUGUGCAGCAGAGAUGGAAACGGCAGAUGCAAGUGGCAAGGUUGUUAAAGAGCAGUCAUUAAAUAAGUUUCGUUGAAAA